AUGGAUACCAAGUCUGAGCCAAUCGCGACUGUGUCCGACCACGUCGAAAAGGCCCCUAUCGCAGACUCAGCCGCUGUCCAAAAAGCUGUCGACGCGCAGGACCUCACGCCCAAGCAGCAGUAUCAACGCCUCUGGACAAACCUGAAAAAAGACAAGCGUUAUGUCCUCUGGUCGCUCUACGUCAUGUCUCUUGUCUUCGGAUGGGGCUACGACUCUGGUCUUUCCGGUGUUGCCAUCGCCUUCCCAGAGUUCCGCAAGGCCUAUGGCGAGUAUUACGCCGUGGGCGACCAAUUCGUUGUCCCUGCGCUUUGGCAGUCUCUUUGGAACGCUGCUAGUACCAUUGGCCAGGUGUUUGGAGCUUUCUUGACAGGCCAAUUUGCAGACCAGGUUGGUCGAAGGGCUGUGCUAUGGACUGCCGUCGUGCUGUCCCUGUCUUCGUCCUUUGCACUUGUCUUUGCCCCGAGUCUGCCGAUCCUCUUCGUCUCCAAGCUCCUGCUGGGCUUCUCCGUUGGCCUCUCGACCGUCACGCCUCCACUGUACGUUACCGAAAACGCACCCGCUGCGCUCCGAAGCUCCCUCAGCUCCUUGACAAACGUCAUCAUCGUCCUGGGUUUCUUCCUCUCCUCUAUCACAGGCUGGGGAUCUUCCAAGAUACACGGCGAAUGGAGCUAUCGACUCGCCUUUGUUAUGACGUUUCUCGUCCCGACGCUCUUCGCCAUUGUCCUCCCUUUCUUGCCCGAGUCGCCUGUCUGGUACGUCAAGAAGGGCAGAGAUGAUGACGCUCGCAAGGCGAUAAUCAAGCUUUAUGGCAAGGGCGUCGACGCCGAGGAGAGGCUCAACUUCAUCAGGUCUGAGCUUGAGGUUGCGGCUGGCGAAGCCAACAUGGCCAAGCAAACGAGCUGGAAGGCCAUCUUCUCCAAGGAGCACCGAUCGCGAACUCUUAUUGCUGUCAUGGGGCUGCAAUCUCAGAACUUCUCUGGUGGAUAUUUUGCAAACACGUACCAGACGUAUUAUUUCGAGCUCAUCGGCCAAUCCGACCCCUUUGGCCUCACAGCCAUCUCCUCGACGCUCCAAUUCCUUUCCAAUUGCGCUGCCGUCGCCGUCUCAGAUGUUCUCCCUCGCCGAAAGUCGCUGAUUGGCGGUGGUACGCUGCUCUGCUGCUGGUCCAUCAUCAUCGCCGGGACCUCGCUGGCCGGCACAGCCAACAAAGCGGCCAACACGGCUCUUCUCUGCUUCAUGAUCACAUGGUCGAUGCUAUACACUGCCACGGUGGGCUGCUUCGGCUGGGCUGUGGCGCAAGAGACUGCCUCGCAGGCGACGCGUCCCAAGACAAUUGCCUUUAGCCUGGUGUGCCAGCAACUCACUGCGCUCAUGCUUUCGUCGGUAUUCCCGUACUUCAUCAACCCCGAUCAGUUGAACUGGGGAGGCAAAGUCAUGUUCUUGUUUGUUGGUGCUGAGAUUGUUAUUCUGGGUAUUCUGUUCUUCUUCCAGCCUGAGACGAAGAACAGGACCUAUCACGACAUUGACUGCCUGUAUGCUGAGGGUGUACCUCCGAGAAAGUUUCGCGAGUUUAUUGUGGAUGACGGAACUGUUAUUCCGAAGCUUCGCUCAUAG